GUGGGCUGGUGAAGAGGCGGAACUGCCACUUGGCCAGCUAGUGACUGUAUGUAGCCUGUGGGGUGGUAUUGAAGCCUGCAGGGUUAAAUAACCUUGGUCUUUUUCCAGUAUUGUUGACCACCACAUCUUGUCAUCAUGGAGGGAUCCGACGAGUUUACCAAGUACCGCUCGCCGCUAGUUUCAAGGUAUGCAAGCAAGGAAAUGGCCUACAACUUCAGCGACCGGAAGAAAUUCACAACCUGGAGAAAGCUGUGGAUCUACCUCGCCAAGGCUGAGAAGACUCUGGGUCUGUACAUCACCGAUGCCCAAAUAGCGGAGAUGGAGAGCCAUGCGGAAGACAUUGACUUUGCCAUGGCGGCCGAAGAGGAGCGUAAGCUGAGGCACGAUGUCAUGGCCCACAUCCACACCUUCGCCCACUACUGCCCCACGGCCGCUCCCAUCAUCCACCUGGGAGCCACCUCCUGCUACGUGGGAGACAAUACCGAUCUUAUCAUGCUGCGUGAUGGAUUUGACGUCCUGUUGCCUAAGCUGGCCAGAGUGAUUGACAGAUUGGCAAACUUUGCAGAGAAAUACGCUGACCUGCCCACCCUCGGCUUCACACACUAUCAGCCGGCACAACUGACCACGGUAGGGAAACGGGCAUGUCUGUGGUUACAGGACCUGGCCAUGGACAUGAGAAACCUGCAACGUGCCCGCGAUGACCUGCGUUUCCGGGGGGUCAAGGGGACCACUGGCACACAGGCCAGCUUCCUGCAGCUCUUCCAGGGGGACCACGAUAAGGUGGAAGAGCUUGACAGAAUGGUGACGGAGAUGGCUGGCUUCAAAAAAGCCUACCUGGUGACAGGACAGACGUACAGUCGUAAGGUCGACAUUGACUCACUGUCUCAUCUGGCCAGCUUGGGCGCUACUGUCCAUAAGAUCUGCACAGACAUCCGCUUGCUGGCGAACAUGAAGGAGAUUGAGGAGCCUUUUGAGAAAGAGCAAAUAGGGUCCAGUGCCAUGCCUUAUAAGAGGAAUCCCAUGCGUUCAGAACGUUGUUGUAGCCUUGCCCGCCACCUGGUGGCACUGUUGGCCGACCCGCUGCAGACAGCCUCGGUUCAGUGGCUGGAGAGGACGCUGGACGACAGUGCCAACAGGAGGAUUUCUCUGCCCGAGUCCUUCCUGACCGCGGACAUCAUCCUCAGUACCUUGCAGAAUAUCACAGAGGGACUGGUGGUCUACCCCAAAGUAAUUGAAAGACACAUUCGCCACGAGCUGCCCUUCAUGGCCACAGAGAACAUUAUCAUGGCUGUGGUGAAGGCUGGAGGGAACAGACAGGAUUGCCAUGAGAAGAUCCGCGUGCUGUCCCAGCAGGCAGCAGCAGUGGUCAAACAAGAGGGAGGUGAUAAUGACCUUUUGGCCAGGAUUCAGGCUGACCCCUACUUCAGCCCCAUCCUGGGACAGCUGGACGCCCUCCUGGACCCCAAGACCUUCAUCGGCCGAGCCCCCCAGCAGGUAACUAGGUUCCUGUCUGAGGAGGUGCGCCCCCUGCUGGAGCCCUACAAGGCCAAGAUGGACGUCAAGAUUGAGCUGGAGCUCUGAGACGUGUUACUAUGGAUCCCUCCGCUUUUUGUCAAGACACGCCCUGCGUACCAUUCAAGUGCCAGGUUUGGCUAGUACUUGUUGCCUCUGUUGGUUAGGCUGGUUAAGGUUAGGGUUAGGGUAAGCCAAUCAGAGGCAGAGUAGGGGCGGGUCUUUCCAGAAUGCGGAUGGGUCUUGCCAAGAAAAGAGUGGAAUCCAUAACGUCUCUGAGACACACAGACGCACACUGACCAAGAGACCUCAUCAUGAUUUUUGGCUUCAUGUGGUUUGCGGCUUUGCGACAUCAUACCUCAAUAAAGAACA